UCCAUCACCUCACGCGACACUCCUACUUAACCGUUACUCUACUCUACUCUACCUCUUCCUAUCCUCAACACACCUCAAUUAACCACCACGCACCACCACAAUGACUCGUGGCAACGAAUCGAACUCCAAGGUCUUCUAUAAGGGCGCCAACGACGACUUUGUCGUUUUCGUCGACGACAUCGCCGCCCUCAACAACUGGCGCAAUGACCGCUCCAUUCCCCUUGCUCAGGUCUUGAAUGGGUGGAAGGUCUUUGUUACUCAUAAACACGGAGCCCAAGGUUUGCUCGACGGUGCCAGCAAAGGCCUUUUGGAAAGUGAAUUCGGGACUUCGAAUGAAGAUGAAGUUAUGGUGAAGAUCCUUGAGAGAGGGGAGUAUCAAACUUCUGUUAACUCCUCGCACCAAGCUGAUAAGGAUAUCCGGAAGGGUCCUUCUGUUAUUGGUCGGUAAACGAAUCGACUCGACUUUACGUGUUUGACGAUUG